AUGGCUGUCCAGUGUGCGCAGUGCUCUAAGACUGAUAUUCUUGCGGAGGAGCGGGAGGUUGAAGAUCCUCCAUACACGUUGGUAUUGGACGGCUCACAGAAAUCAAAACCCAAGCUGGUAGACAGGAAUGUAUUCACCUACGUAAUAAAGGUAUUGUUACAUCUUAAUCCUAUUAUAUCAACCAUACUAUACCUGGAUAUUUCUAUAUUUAAUGUUAUUGUUUUUGACGUUAUAUUAACGUUAUAUUAUUACAUCUUUCAGCAGGUCACUCAGAAUAAGAUUUACUACAGAUGUAGCAAACGUCCCUGUAAGGCAACUGUUGUCGAGACCAAAUCAACAGGAGACAGUGCGCCAGGCAAACAUAACCACAGCCACACAGCAGAGGCAGGCAAAAUUGUUUCAGUCCAAGUAAGAGCUCAGGUGAAGAGGACUGCAACGCAAGACCUGUUUAAGUCUGCCAGGUCAAUAGCUGAGGAUGUCACCAGCGAUAUGGUAGAUCCAAUACUGCCAUCCGGGAGCAGAGACAACCCUGAAUAUUUGGCUCGUAUCGCCAACAGGUGUAGAGAAAACCUUCGGCCAAAGAAUCUGAGGUAA